AUGGCGGUAGUUGCACAAUCUCGACGGAGUGAGAAGCUGUCUAGGUCUCGUUCAUCGUCUUCGGAUGUCACGCAAGGCGGAAGACAAGCCAGAGCCCACCAGAAGUCCAAGCUCCCCGCCAAGCAAUACAACAGCACAGAAUGGAGGAGGAUGAAAGAGAUCAUCACUCAGCUUUACUGCGAGGAGCGGGUGACUGUGGCUGAACUCAUCCGCCGGCUACAUGGGAUGGGGUUCGAGGUCAACGAACGCAUGCUGCAUACUCGCAUCCGCAAGUGGAAAAUUGGUCGCAAUCAUAAAUUUAGCGAAAUGCGAAUGGCCGCUCAUCUUCUAGCGGAGUAUAUUGACCGCCAGCAGCAGCAAUCGAACGCAUCGGGAUCUGGACACAGCAUUACAACAGGCAACCGUACUAGCAUGCCAAACUUCCACAUUCGUGGCGAGCGUGUCGACCACACGGAACUGAUGCGAUACUUCCGGCGCAAGAAGAUCAGCGACCCUGUGAGCUGGAUCAAGGAGCAGAAAGACAGAUUCGACCUGAGCGAAGAUGUUGUCAUUGUCGUAAAUGCGGACGCUGUCCCUGUUGGUGAAGCUAGAUCCUCUGAGGAGGAUGAAGACACAUCUGAGCACGACCAAGAAUAUCCUCGGCUUGCGAUUGAACAGGUCGAACAAACAGCUCUCGGAAAUGUCCCUCGCAUCUUGGACGCUACUGGUCAUACACCAAGUGCGCGCUACCUCGACGACGAAAGCUUGCCGCCCACGAAUGUCAACCGCUCCUCCUUCUCAGUGCCAACUUUGCUUCGUCCACAGGCAUAUUACGCCAGUGAGCAACUCAACCAGAGCAUGAUGAUGUAUAUGAUGUCAUAUCUAUCGUCCCCUACCUCGAAAGCCGACUUGGAACCAGCAGUCCACGCACACACCGUCCACGCGAUCUUUGCGUCUAAAAUGCAGGAUGGGAUAUCUCUUCUGGCCAACAUUUCCCCACAGGACGCAAAGAGGAGCCUGCGAAAACCAGAACCAAAUGCCGCGAAGGCUUUCGCCAGCUUCGAGAACGGGUUUGGACUGAUCCACAGGAUUCUCAAGAACCACAGCCCAAUGUCCCUUGCACUGAUGCUCAGUGUAGUUUGCGAACUGGCCGAUCGCACAGUCAAGACCGGGAUGAAGAACUCAGCUAUUGGGGUUCUUCUCACCAAGUUCCUUACGUAUACACAUGACAUGGCGGCGGCUGUUUGGGGGACGGAACAUCCAUUGACUAUUUUCUUUGAUAUUUUGGCACGGGAGUAUUUCUGCCCGACAGUUUUGUCUUCCUCUGGAUCUGUACCCCUGAUGGAACUCAUUCUCACCUCUCUCAAUCUCUCAUUGGCCCAAUUUAGACUGGCUUCCACCGCCACGCACACCACCGCUUUGGGCAGUGCCCAGGAUUGGAAGCAACUCUAUGUGCGCGAACGACUCUGCGACGCUCUUUACUACUGCGGACCGACUUACCAAGCCACCCGCUCCAGCAUGCGGAGACAGCUGUUCUAUGAUCAGGAAUCAAGAUACGGCCCCACUGCACGGAAUGUCCUAUGGACCUUGACCAACGUCGCUGACGACAGCCUCUCGGACGGGGACGUCGACCAAGCUAUCAGAUACUUCCAAGAUGCCCUUGACAGAGCCGAGAGGUUGGUGGAUGGCUACGGACGGGCUAAGACAAGUUUUGCUGCUCGAGAAGGGCUCGGGAGGUGCUGGAUGCGCAAGGCCGAAGAGGCCGAAGCCGAAGCACUUUGGCAAGAAGAACAGAAUCGAGGGCGAGUCCGUCGUGAGAAUUUCUUUGACCCCGGCCACACUUCACAGGACAACAACUCACAACCCAGCCUGAACUCUGCCUGUUGCUCAUGCCGUUGCCAUUGCGCUACCGAGUCCAACCGGGCCUCCUCGGGGAGCAGUACUGACAACACGGGGACGUCGACGCCGUCUUCAUCAGGGCAUUCGACUCUGAGCUCGUCCAGGAAGUCAUGUCCAAGCACGAAAUCUCAGGGCCCCUACCGCAACCACCACCAUCAACACCAUCAGCAACACAGGUCCCAUGGUAAUGGACACCCGGAGUCACCGACGCAUAAACGCAGACAGUACCUCAUCAGGGCCCACGGCUACUUUGUGGAGGCGGAGAAUGAGGCGCGCGCAUACUUUGAAGCGUCCAGUCGACGGAUCGCGCGGGUGAGUUUGCGCAGGCAGCAAGCGGCGGAGCUGCUGGGGAUUGUCGCGACGCCCGAGUCGAGCUCCUGUUCAGCUUCCUCCGAGUCGGAGGACGAGCCUGCGCGUGAGAUGAGUGCAGAAACAGACACCGCGAGGCUGCAGCACCCUUCAACUGUGGCGGCGGCGGCAACAACAACAAACAUCAACCUCGUGCUGGGGUCCUCGUCUGGCUUUGGAUUUGGCGGGUGAAUAGAACCCCUUCCUUCCCGCGUGCUGACCCAGGCCUGACUGCACCGGUUGUCAACGACGGGAGCGGCAACGGGAUUAGGAGUAGUAACAGGAGGAGCAGCCGCGACGAGAACAGAUCAUACCCACCGACG